AUGGAGAUCAUCUGGAAACUUCAGUACCUACAGAAUGGCCCUCUUGUAGUUUCUGUUUAUUCAGAUACUAUAGCCAGGGAGUUGGAAUGUGAAAGAAGCUACUGCUUGAGAUUUAACAAGAAGGCUCUCAGAAGUAGACGUAAAUGUCUAAAUUCUGUCUAUGUAACAAUCGUGGUCGCAUUGGUUGAGAAAUUCUCUGGCCUCGGUGUCAUCCCAAGGACACUCCGAUUGUUGGAUGUGCAAAACGAGAGGACAAUGGAACUUUCUCAAGAGACCAAUCUACGUGGGCUUUCUUGUUGGGUUAAAGAGGGCCCAUUCCCUGGUAAUGGUAGGCCCAGGUUGGUAGUGAAUGGAUGGAUUGAUGAUGUUAGGAAUAUAUCUGAUGAGAUUGCGAAACCAGAUGUGGUUACUUGGAAUGCUACUAUUGCUGGAUAUGCACAGAAUGGAAUGCUAGAACAAGCAACGAAAAUGUUUUUGAGAAUGCCUGUGAGGAACACAAAUUCUUGGAGAGCCAUAAUGUCUGGGUUUGUGCAGAAUGGAAACAUGAAAGAAGGUUGGAUAUUGUUUGCUGAACUUCAUAAGACUGGGAUGGUUCCUAAUCAUUCAAGCUUCUCUACUACUAAUACUCUAGCUAACAAUACCAAUCCUCUUGUGAAGCAAGCAAGCAUAUCAAGCUGUGCAUAUGUUACGUUUUUGGCUGGCAAUGGAGACUAUUGGAAGGGUGUUGUGGGGUUAGCCAAGGGCUUGAGAAAGGCUCAAAGCAAGUAUCCUCUUUUGGUGGCUAUCUUGCCUGACGUUCCAGAGGAACACAGGAGGAUACUUGUGUCUCAAGGGUGCAUAGUUAGGGAGAUUGAGCCUGUUCAUCCUCCUGAAAAUCGCGACACUCACUUUGCUAUGGCUUAUUAUGUCAUCAACUACUCCAAGCUUCGUAUCUGGGAGUUUGUGGAAUACAGCAAGUUGAUAUAUUUGGAUGGUGAUAUCCAAGUAUUUGAUAACAUAGAUCACCUCUUUGACAUGCCUGAUGGCUACUUCUACGCUGCAAGGGACUGCUUCUGUGAGAAAACAUGGAGCAAUAGCCCACAGUACAAGAUUGGUUACUGCCAACAGUGUCCUGAUAAGGUCAAAUGGCCUGCUGAGAUGGGUCCUAAGCCUCCUCUUUACUUCAACGCUGGCAUGUUUGUUUAUGAGCCAAAUCUAUCCACAUAUCAUGACCUCUUGGAGACCCUCAAAGUCACCCCUCCUACCCUCUUUGCUGAGCAGGAUUUCCUGAACAUGUUUUUCAGGGAUGUUUAUAAGCCAAUUCCUUCAGAUUACAACCUUGUAUUGGCCUUGCUAUGGCGCCAUCCUGAGAACAUCAACCUGGACAAAGUCAAAGUUGUUCACUAUUGUGCUGCUGGAUCUAAGCCAUGGAGGUACACCGGAGAAGAGAAGAAUAUGGACAGGGAAGACAUCAAGAUGCUUGUCCAGAAAUGGUGGGACAUUUACGAUGAUGAGUCCUUGGACUACAACAACAAUGUGGUUGCUGCAGCGGGAGGUGAGAUGCAGCCAUUCCUGGCGGCGCUAUCGGAGGCUGGUGUUCUUCACUACGUUACCGCCCCAUCCGCCGCUUAG